AUGGAGGCUGUUGACAAAACUCUGAAGUGUCCCGUCUGCCAGGACUUCUUCAUCGAUCCCGUCACGCUUCAGUGUGGUCAUGACUUCUGCCUCACUUGUAUCCAGGCCGUCUGGGAAACAGAUCUGUCGCCUGCCGGCCCUUUCUUCUGCCCAGAGUGUCAGAUAUUCCUCCCCUCUGACCUCACUCUGGAGAUAAACACUGAUCUUCAGCGCAAAGUGAUGGACUUCACUGCAAACAGGCAACUGGGAUCAGCUCCUGCAGCCGUCCACUGUGACCACUGCAUCGAGCAGCUGUCGGAGGCCGUGAGGACCUGCUUGACCUGCGACGCCUCGCUCUGCCCGGCUCACGCCUCGCUGCACGAGCAGAAGUCGGCCUUCAGGGAGCACACGCUCGUGGAUGUGACCAGAGAUCCGUUGUCGCUGAAGUGCAGGGAGCACCGGGACGAACUGAAGCUCUUCUGCAUGGAGGAGAAGGUUCCUGUGUGCUGCUUGUGUGCCCUGGUUGGCAGACACAAGCACCACAGGACGUCUCAGCUUCACGAGGCCGGCGCUGAAUUUAGGAGCAUAUUGGAGAUGAAUAUGAACCAACUGCUGCAGAGAAGAGGUGAAGCAGAGCACGCCAUCAAAGACUUGGGGUCUCUGUACACUCAGACUGUGAACACCGCUGCAGACUUCAGAGAGAGGAUCUCGGAUAAGUACAGCAGGAUUCGUGUGGUCCUGGACGCCGAUGAGCGUCUGAUGAUGCAGAUUAUCGACGCCGAGGAAACGCACACGACUGACUGGCUGGAGGCUCAGCGGGCCGACAUGGAAACUCGGAUCGCAGAGAUAGACGGACUCAGAGCCACCAACAAAACACUUUUACAGGAAACAAAUGAUCUGCAGUUUCUACAGACAGUAAAUAGUGAUCUGUGCGACUCAGAGAAGAUGAGAACGGUGGAGAGGCUGGUGGAUGACCUCUCUGCAGCUCUGUCCCAACACGUUCCCCGCAUGUGGUCAUAUCUAACUUCCCCUGCUUUGGACUCCAGAACAGCUCAUCCCAAGCUGGAAAUAUCCAGCGACAGAAAACAAGUUUACUGGAGACGGGAGCCUGUUGGGGAAGUCCCGGGCCCCCAGCCGUACGACUCUCAGUUCAGCGUCCUGGCUCAGGAGAGCUUCACUGGUCACCAGCAUUACUGGGAGGUCAUAGUUCAGGACAAACCCUACUGGAUGAUAGGUGUGACCACCGGUUUGGUCAGUUCAAAGAAAACUGAGAGUUCCUCCAGUCUGGGGGUGAACGGCACCUCCUGGUGCAUUUAUCACGGGGAUGGACAGUACCUGGCGUGUCACGAUACGCAGGAGAAGCAGCUGUCGGUGGCGAAGAGAGUCAGGAAGCUCGGCAUAUUGGCAAACAUCCAGAGAGGGGAGCUGUCAUUCUACGACGCUGACGCCAUGACGCUGCUGCACUCGUUCUGCGUGCACUGCUCCGAGCCGCUGUACCCCCUGUUCAACCCCUGCAUUGACAUGGACGGGGUCAACGGGCAGCCGCUGACUCUGUUUUGGAUUAAAGAUCCCUGCAACUGGCACGAAGAUGAGAAUAAAAAGUCCUGA